AUGGGAUCUCUCGACGAAACAUGCGCUUCUUUGCGCGCCCAGAUCAUCGCGACGGAAACACAACUUGCUGGGCUGAAACGCGACCUUGCAAACGCCGAACAAGCGGCGCAAUCGGAGACCGCACCGACUGCGGAAAUCCGGCACGAGGACCAGAAUGGCGAAGGAAGGCGGUGGCCUUUGCUCCAGGAGGAAUACAAACGAUAUGGACGGCAAAUGAUUGUUUCGCAAGUUGGUUUGAAAGGUCAACUGAAACUCCGAUCGGCUAGAGUUUUGCUCGUUGGAGCCGGAGGACUGGGAUGUCCCGCUGCGCAGUAUCUCGCUGGUGCUGGCGUUGGAACUAUCGGGCUCAUCGAUGGGGAUACAGUCGAGGUAUCGAACCUCCAUCGUCAGGUCCUACACCGGACGAAGAAUGUGGGGAAGUACAAGGUUGACAGCGCAAUUGAGUCCUUGAAAGAACUGAAUCCGCAUCCCACGUAUAUUGCCCAUCGAACACACCUCACGCCUGAGGCAGCACCAGCGGUCUUCCAGGACUAUGAUCUUAUUCUCGACUGCACUGAUAACCCGGCGACCCGUUAUCUAAUCUCUGACACUGCAGUGCUUCUUGGAAAACCAUUGGUCUCUGCGUCCGCCCUGCGCACCGAGGGACAGCUGAUGGUGUUGAACAACCCGCCCCGUGCGCCGGGCGACAAGACUGGAGGACCGUGCUAUCGGUGUGUGUUCCCUAAACCACCACCGGCUGAUAGUGUGGUCAGUUGUGCGGAUGGGGGUAUCCUGGGGCCGGUUGUUGGGACAAUGGGUGUCUUGCAAGCCCUAGAGGCAAUCAAGGUCAUCACUACCCCUGAUAUUAACAGAUGUCGUGCACAGGAUCCCCCGUCUUUGCAUAUCUUCUCCGCCUACUCAUCGCCUCUAGUCCGCACAAUCCGUCUGCGUUCGCGCCGGGCCAAUUGUGCCGUCUGCUCUGCUGAGGCAACUGUGACACUGGAUACAAUAAAAUCAGGGUCAAUGGACUAUGUGUUCUUUUGUGGAUCCACAAAUUUGCCCUCCUUACUUGGUCCCGAGGAACGUAUCUCUGCUCGAGAAUACAACGAGAGACACCCAAAUGUCACCUCGGAUUCGUCACAGCUCCAUACGAUAAUUGACGUCCGAGACGAAGCUCAAUUUGGGAUCUGCAGUCUGGAGAAUAGUAUUAACAUUCCUAUCUCAAAUAUCCUUUCCUCGGGUUAUACUGCUGGGUUACAGGGGGAUGGUAACGGGCAAGCUGAACAAUUCCCUUCUUGGUUACCGUCCGAGGUUGCCUCGUCUGAGUCUACGAACCCAAUCUACGUCGUCUGCCGCCUAGGAAACGACUCUCAGAUUGUCGUCAAGAAAAUGAAAGAGUUGGGACUAGAUCAGCAUGGAAAGAGAUUCAUUGGUGACAUUCGCGGGGGACUACGAUCAUGGAAAGAACAAGUGGAUCCCUCGUGGCCCGAAUACUAA